UCUUCUUCUUCUUCCUGUGAUGAUGACUAAUUCUGUUUCAACAACACUAUCUUUACAUUUCUUUCAAAAUCACAAAACCAAAUCAUAAUUAAGAAAUGGGUAUUCCAGCAUUAGCAAUUGGCUUAAAAACUCUCUUCUUAUCAUUAUGCUGUGUAAUGAUCGCCACCCUCGUUUACACCAUCUCCGUCGACGGCCUUCCCUUUCGCGGCGACCUACUCACUCCCUGGAUGACUGCUCUUUUAAUUGAUUUCUAUAUCAACGUUGUACCUUUAGCUGCUUGGACUUACUACAAGGAACAAAAUCCUAUUAUUGCUAUUCUUUGGAUAAUUCUCUUAAUCUGCUUUGGCAGUGUAACUACUUGUGCCUACAUUUUCAUUCAAUUACUCAAGUUAUCACCUCAAGAAUCUGCAAAUGAUCCCAUGUAUCAUCUUCUACUUCGCCACGAAAAUAAGGGCGGUUUGCUACAAAAGAAGAAUAGCUCACCUGUUGUGGCUGUGAGAAUUGGUUUCAGCCUUUUGGGUUGUUUGAUGUUGGGAACAUUGAUCUAUACUAUUUUAACUGAUGGUUCUCCUUUUCGCAAAGAACUUUAUACUCCGUGGAUAGUUGCUACACUGAUUGACUUCUACAUCAAUGUUACGGCUCUUUCGGUUUGGAUUUUAUACAAGGAAUCAAAUUGGAUUAUUGGAUUCUUGUGGAUAACUUUAUUGAUAUGUUUUGGCAGCAUCAGUACUAGUGCAUACAUUGUUGCACAACUGUUGCAGCUUACAUCUCAAGAUCCACUCUACCUAGUUUUAUUGAAUAAGAACAACAGGGCAGAAAACAGGUAUGAGAGGACUUAGUUGGGAGAUAGCAUGACAGGAACUUCUGGAAAAGAAGAUUUAGGCCAAGAUUUUGUGUAUGUAUAACAGUUUUAUCUUGUAAGCUUCUCUGUUUAUACAUUUAUAGUAGCAAAUUGUUUAGCUUCUUGAUUCUCGUUAGUUAAACAUUGCUUAACAGAUUAUCUCUAGUUUUCACAUUUUAUUGAAUUCUGUUUGUGUAAA